GGUUGAUAAUGCGGUGGUUUGGCCCAGAAGGGUUGUUGCAAUGCCUCUUGAUGGGCCACUAGAUACGCUGAACACAGAAUAGCGUGACGGACGUGAUAAAUCAGCUUUUUUCAGCUAUUUCUACUUACGUUUAAUCCAUGAAUGUUCUGCGCUGUCGUGUAGAUAUUUCUUCAGCAAAUAUAGGAGACAGGAAAAACAAGCAAAACCACAACAAGUGCAACUGCCCCCUCAUAUUUCGAAAGUCUCUCCCAGCCUGACAUCGCUUUCCCCGGAUUUACAAAGCAGUGGCUGAACCGUGUGAGAGCCUCCUCCUCCUCUGUAGUCACCGCCGACUGUCACUGCAGGACUUAGUGGGGAAACUGGUGCUUUCUUCUGCAUCGUGAGCUGUGCUGGCGGCAGGCUGUGUUUCGGGCUAAAAUGCAUUUUUCCAUACCCGAAACGGAGGUUCGUUCGGGAGAAAAUGGAUCAACCUAUGUGGCCUACAACAUCCAUGUCAAUGGCGUGCUGCACUGCCGGGUACGCUACAGUCAACUGCUUGGGCUCCAUGAACAGUUAAAGAAAGAAUAUGGCAGCAAUAUGGCCCCAAAGAAGAUCUUCACACUGACUCCUGCUGAGGUCGAACAGAGAAGAGAACAGCUGGAGAAAUACAUGCAGGCUGUGCGUCAGGAUCCCUUGCUUGGUGCCAGUGAGAUAUUCAAUAGCUUCUUAAGAAAAGCACAGCAGGAGACACAGCAGAUUCCCACAGAAGACGUGGCUCUAGACAUCUGCCUCUCCAACGGUCAGAAGGUUACAGUCAACAUUCUGACCUCAGAUCAGACGGAGGAUGUGCUUGAUGCUGUUGCAACAAAGCUCGACCUACCAGAUGAACUCGUCGGUUAUUUCAGUCUCUUUCUCAUCCGUGAGGGUGUAGACGGAGGUUUAACAUUUGUGCGGAAGCUGCAGGAGUUUGAACUGCCUUACGUAUCCAUUACCAGCUUGCGGAGCUCUGAAUUUCGCAUACUGCUACGGAAAAGCUACUGGGACAUGGCAUACGAUGGUGACUUGAUGGACAACAGAGUUGGCCUGAAUUUGCUAUACGCCCAGACAGUGUCUGACAUUGACCGAGGCUGGAUACUCGUCAGCAAAGACCAGCACAGGCAGCUCAAAUCCUUGCAGGAGAAAGGCUCCAAGAAAGAGUUCAUCCAUCUAGGUCAGACACUCAAAUAUUAUGGCUAUAUAAAGUUUGACCCGUGUAUUACCGACUUCCCUGAGAAGGGCUGCCAAGUUAUCGUCAGUGCCGGCAACAGUGAACUCAACUUCCAUGUCAAGCUGCCCAAUGAGCAGAUGAAGGAGGGAAGCUUCAAGGUCACACGCAUGAGGUGUUGGCGAGUCACAUCUUCGCAAGUGCCAAUGGCAAACGGCACAACCAAUUCCUGCAGCUCAGUCAAGUGCGAGGUCAAGCUGGAGCUAGCCUUUGAGUACCUGAUGAGCAAGGACCGCCUCCAGUGGGUCACCAUCACCAGUCAACAGGCUAUCAUGAUGAGUAUCUGCCUUCAGUCUAUGGUGGAUGAAUUAAUGGUGAAGAAGUCGGGUGGCAGCAUAAAAAAGAUGCUGAGGAAACGACACAAUGGCUCCAUCCACCGGUCUGACAGUCAGCAAGCUGUGAAAUCGCCCCCUCUACUGGAUUCCCCCGACCCGAACCGUGAACAGACUGUCAAACUCUCAACCAAGCUGAGCUCCAUGUCCCUCCGAGGCAUCUCUGCUUCCAACUCAGCAAAUGACAUCAGUGGCAAUGAUUUCCAUGGCAACUAUGCUUUCGAGGGAAUCGGUGAUGAUGACCUGUAACCCCCUGAUUCAACCUGCUCCCCUCUUCAUUCCGCUGUCGAGAACUGGGACGACAAAGAUUGCGAGCUGAGCUGAGCGGACCCCACACACACACACGUCUCUGAUUCUGCAAGAUUGUAGCUUCUUCCUGGAGAAAUCGCUGCCUUAAGGUUUUUUUUUUAAAUCUCUGACAGUAUCCUUCCUGUUGGAUUCUAAAAGCUUAUCUUGAUUUGUAUCUUAGUUACAAUCAUCAUAUUCACUUGAAUGGUGGUUCUUAUGUUAUUAGCUUGUGACAACAUACAGUAAAUAGCAUGUAAAGCUACAGGUACUCAAAUAGGUUCUGUAUGUGACUGACAAAUUCAGAUUUAUUCACAAGGUUUGAGCAACAGUAUGUGUGAAGUUCUAUAAUGCAGUUAAAAUUCUGAGUACAGUAUAAAUUAAUAUAUUGUGAACUCCAUGAAGAAAAUCUACUAGGUCCUGGAUUCUCCCCCCAGUGGCUGCAUGUUGCUUUCACAUGAUUGGAUCUGGCUCCUGUGAUAAUACAGCAGAGCUGGACAUGGCUAGUUCUCAAAAUGACUCAGUGAACAUGUUGUAAUUGAUCUCAGAACUAUAGACUAUUCAGUGCACCUGCUUACUUACAUUGAUGAUCAGUAUUUGGCUUGGCUAUACACCAAAUUGUCAUGUUUGUAUACUUUUAGUGAUCCUCUGUGUAUCGUGAUAUUCAUGUGCCAAGUCAGUCAGCAUCUUAGCGAAGAUGCAUGUGGUGUUUUCAGCUUAAGUUUGAAGCACAUUUGCUCAUACUGCCUUCACAAAUAGCCUUGACUUUUUUUUUUUUUUUUUGGCCUCGUGUGGUACUUUGUCAUUCAGUUCAACAUCGGAUGAAACUUGGCGUCAGCUGAUGUUACCUAGAAUCUUGCAGAACUUGAUAGAUGGUUGAUUUGGCUGAGCUGCUUGCACUUGCUAAACCCAUCAUUUUGCACAGUAUUACAUGUGGAGAUGAAUGUGGAAGCUUUUUCCAAGGGGAUUUGUAAACCCAUCUUUUUUUUUUUUUUUUUUUUUUUUUUUUUUUUUGUUAAACCAGUUUUUAAGGUUUGUCAUAAAAGCCAAAUGAUAGUUUACUAAAGCAUUUUGCACAAAAUAAACAAAAUUAUGACAGUGUCACUUUGUAUUUUAUGUACAUGCAAUUAAGUUUUCUGAACAUUUACCAAUAUCUAUCAUCAUAGCUUAUUCUAAUCAAAUAGAUCAAAUGUAAUCUAAAUGGACUAACAUCAUGUUUACAUCAUGUUUAGGGGACUUUUUAGUUGAAGUGUUUACAAAGUUUGCAUCAGAUUUUCUUGGUCUUAU